AUGAACUGUUUCGACAAAACAGACGUUCGAUUGGUACCCAUCGGAAGUGCUGCAAAUCUUUUGCUGAAUAAUAGAUCGGAUUUAGAUUUGGUCUUCCUCCCGUCGAAUGAUUCGAAACAAUGGAAGGAUUUCAUGAAGCAGUUUUCGGGAAAUUCGCAGUUUCGAAAUAGUUUUUUGAAGAACACGUAUAAGCAAUUGCGAUCGAAACGAGUUGGGAAUGUUGAUUAUCCAUAUUUCAACGCUAGGAUCCCGAUAAUACGACUUUUUUCGAAAAGAAAACUUCAAGUAGACAUACAAUUCGGAAAUAUCGAACCGAUUCGUAGUUCACUCUUUGUAAGAACUUGUGUUGAAUACGAUGAGCGUGUUGCUCUUCUCAUUCACUGGCUGACGAAUAAAUUUCUAGAAUCGAAAAUUCUGAAGAGUUCUGAUAACCUAUUCUCACGAUAUCAUGUAAAUAUGCUUGUUAUUCACUUUCUUCAGGCAAUGCCGUACCCUGUUCUUCCUGACAUUAUCAGUUUGUCUCCAUGGCUGAGUAAGAACAAUGAUUGGAAUAAUGCAGUGAAAGUGUUGACUCGCCAAGGAUCUCUAUAUGUCCCGAGUAAUAGCGAUGCACCGAACGAGAAUAGUGUUGGAGAGUUGGUCAUUCAAAUGAUCGACUAUUACUCGCAGAUUGAUUUUCGAAAAAUGGGAAUCGACACGAGGGGACGAGUUUUCAAGAAAACGGAUAAUUGCAAUGCAACCUUUCAAAUCGUUGACGACUAUUUCGAUGUUUCGUCGACAUGCCGUGUCCAGGAGUCUCCCCAAUUUCUCACCAGACUAUUCGAGAAGCUGAAAUUGGCGGUUAAAGAAGAGAACUAUGAGAAACUGUUUCAUUAUUAUACUCUUCCCAAGAAACCGGUCUUAACUAUGUUUUAA